UCCUUUAGGUGGCAGGGGAGGCGAGCGCCACUGCCUGCGGGGGAAAGAGCUCACACCACCGCCCCGCCAGCCAGCCAGCCUUCCAGUCAGGCUCUGUGCCUUUAAGAGCCACGUGGCAGGCAGAAGUUAGUCAGGUGUAGCUUUCCGCAUCGCUGCAGCUUCACGCUGGGAAAAGGCGCCUGCUGAGGAGCUGCCUGCCCUGCAGUUCUUAAAGACACCGAGCUUCUCUUAGGGAUCCGAGGUCGUCGUCUUUCGUAGGAAUUGCGCCUGCUCAUGAUUUGGAUAUUUGUGCGGACCAGAAAGAGCAGUCGGAGAGCAGUGCUUCUGGUGGGUCUGUGUGACUCAGGGAAAACGCUUCUGUUUGUUAGGCUAUUAACAGGCAAUUUCCGAAAUACACAGACUUCUAUAACUGAUAGCUCUGCCUUGUACAGAGUAAAUAAUGACAAGAGAACAAAUGUGACAUUGAUUGACCUUCCAGGCCAUGAGAGCUUGCGCCUUCAGUUCUUGGAUAGGUUCAAGGCUGCAGCUAGGGCAAUUGUAUUUGUUGUAGAUAGUGUAGCAUUCCAGCGGGAGAUGAAAGAUGUGGCUGAAUUCCUGUACCAGCUCCUGAUUGACAACGUAGUGCUGAAAAAUGCACCUCCCCUGCUAAUAGCCUGCAACAAGCAAGAUGUUACAAUGGCAAAAUCUUCCAAACUCAUACAGCAACAGCUGGAGAGAGAACUCAAUACCUUACGAGUGACCCUCUCAGCUGCCCCAAGCACAUUGGAAAGCACAGGCUCUGGAUCUGCCUCUCAGCUUGGGAAGAAGGGCAAGGAAUUUGACUUCUCCCAACUGCCCAUGAAAGUGGAAUUUAUUGAAUGCAGUGCCAGAGGAGGCAAGGGAGAGGAGGGUAGUGCUGAUAUUGAAGACCUGGAAAAAUGGCUAGGAAAAAUUGCCUGAACCUGGGAGGUAGCAAAGGCAACUGCUGGGAAAAUGGUAUGAAUUGGAAUGAAAUUUUAACGCAUUGCCAGGCACAGCCUGGAUGGGGUGAAAGUAGCACUUGGAACUGCAAUAAGGGGAAAUUCAUUCUGUGUUCUGCUCUGUUUUCGGCCAUCUCUGCUUACCCUUUAGCAACUCAUUCAUUGUUACAGAAUGUUCUGCUGGGAUAACGGAUCUUUCAGCAAAGUGCAGCCCCCUUUGCGCUUUCCGUUCUCAGCAGUUUCCCCUGCUUCAUCUUAAUCGGAGAGUCUUUAAACGAGGAUUCUAUUUUUGGAUGAAAGUUGCAAGAUACUGUGGAGUUACUUCAAACUAUCAUUCCAGGACUGUAAUUUCUCCACUUCUGGGUUGCCUUCUGUUGAUAUUCUCACCUGAGAUACUUGUGAACACCCACUUGCCCAUUCACAUUUUAUUUGCUUGCCCAUUUCAUUACCUGGGAAACAUUACAAUAUUCAGGAGUGAAUGGAACCUGCUCUUAUAGCAUUGUGCGUGUUUGUGAAGGAAAGUUAUGGGUUGCUAGUUAGAUGCAUCAGCAGAGGAGGACACUGCUUGCAAUGCCUAGAAUUGCUGUUCUCCUAGGUUUGGGCAUUGUGUUGUUUCUGCGAAUAAUUUGUUACUGAAUAAUUAUCACACAAAGCCAGAAAACUCAAGUAGCUGAGGAAAAUAUUUUGGGUUCUACUUCCAAGUAGUUUUUUCCCAGUCAGGGAGGACUGAAUUGUGAUGUACUACAUUUUGCUUGAUUGGUAUUACAGUGUUCGAAAUGUGUUUCUGAUUAACUACUUCCUAUUCUUUGGCUGAUCUGGCUGAUUUUUUCCCCAUCUUAGAUCUGGCAAUCACUAAUGUAACAUUCUGCAUAAACUUCACACCAAAGGAGUGUUGAGUGCCUAGCUUUUCAGUUCUGAAUAUGUUAUCCAUGGGUGGACUGAAGCCUUCCCACAGUGCCCCCAAGACCUGUCAGUGCCCCAGGUAUUGGGAAGUAUGUCUGACAAAAGAAUUUUAACUGUCCUGUGAUACGUUAGGACAAUUGUCAGAACUGCAUAGCUGUGUUUGACUACUAAGCUAGGCAUAGCUGUUCUAAAUAAUGUCCAUGUGUAAUAAUGUGAUUUGCUUUUUAACAUUUUUUUUAAAAUAAAAGAAAGAUGCUUAGGGUACCAUUCCACAAAGGUCUGAAAGAUUUUUACAGCAUACGAAUUGUAUAUCCCAGCAGUGAACACUGUCAUUUCAAUGGGAUAUGUGUGUCUAUAACUAUAAAACCCACCCAGCUACUGCUUCUGGAUGCUUGUUUACUAUAUUCCCAUAGACAUGUGUCUAUUCCUGCAGUGAAUUUGCUGUAAAAACACUUCCAUACUGUUCGGAACAGCCCUAAUGUUUUAAGUGCAUCUAGUAAAAUCCAUGUAUGUUCAUUGUUAGUGGCUCAGCCGCCAUCAUGGUGUGCUCCAAAUUGUGGAUUGUGUUGGAAAUUAGUUUCAUACUUGCGUGCAACUGAGUUUGGGACAUUUGGACAUGAAACAGCAGCAUCCUGUCUGAAAUCUGAGCUCUAGAACUGUGCUUGUCAUUAUGCUCAUGGCUAAAGUUGCUGUCAUGUAUGUAUGGGACUGAAGAGCUGCAAAGAUGCAAGAAUCCAUCUCUUUUAAAUUAUUCUCUACUGAUAUCUGUAAAUAAACAUGUUUGACUAA